GGGGGCGUUAAACGGAUGCUGACGGUAGCUGAAACUUUUCAAGUCGGUCCAAAACAUCGAGAGGGAGGGGAAGCGGGGGCCGUUUUCCCCGCCGUGACUCGAGGAGCCGGGCGAAGGCGCGGGGUUAACCUGCAACUGCGCCUCUUCGGGAGGGAGUUGCUGCCGCUCGCUCUCCACAGCCGCCUCCCUUGGCAGCUCUGCCUCACGGGAAGGGAACCCCCUCCCCACCUCGCCGCACGUUCGUUGUUGGAGCGACGCAGGGAGAAGAAAAGAAAUUUUAAGACCAUCCAAGGAAAAGUAAAUGCAAGAGGAUGCAGAUUUAGAGGUGGAAAAUUCAUCAUGGUCAUCUUUGCAGUCCUUGCUGCUCUGCUCCUUGCUUCAGGACACUCACAAGAAGUGGAUGAAACUAUCACAUACACGCAAUGCACAGAUGGUUAUGAAUGGGACCCCGUCAUGCAGCGAUGCAAAGAUAUUGAUGAAUGUGAAAUUGUGCAUGAAGCGUGUAAAGGUGGAAUGAAAUGUGUUAAUCAUUUUGGAGGAUACCUCUGUCUGCCCAGAACAGCCCAGAUUAUUGUCAAUAACGGCCAAGAAGAAACAGCAUCAGACACUGGUAGCAGAAAUGGUAAUCCCAUCAUCCGUCGGACGCCUCCAGAUCAGGUACCAUCUCGGAUACAGUGUGCAGCUGGGUUCGAGGCAAACGAUCACAAUGUGUGCCAAGAUAUUGAUGAAUGUACCACCAGUGCCCACACCUGUAGGUCAGAUCAAGUCUGUGUCAACUUAAGGGGAUCAUUCACCUGUCAGUGCCGAACUGGGUAUCAAAAACGAGGAGACCAGUGCUUUGACAUUGAUGAAUGCACGUUCCCUUCCUUUUGCCACCAUCGGUGUGUGAACAGUCCUGGUUCCUACCACUGUCAUUGCAAUGCUGGCUUUCAGUUAACACCUGACAACCGCACAUGUGCCGACAUAAAUGAGUGUGAGACCGGCAACCCCUGUGCCCAACUGUGCUACAAUAUAGUUGGUUCUUUCUUAUGCCAGUGCAAUCAAGGCUUUGAGUUAAGCCCAGAUAGAAUCAGCUGUGAUGAUGUUGAUGAAUGUAGAGCUUCUAACUUCCUGUGCCAAUAUCAGUGUGUCAAUGAGCCAGGAAGGUUCUCCUGCGCGUGUCCAGAUGGAUAUCAGCUGGUCAGAGGAAGAAACUGUCAAGAUAUAAAUGAAUGUGAAACACGCAAUGAAUGUCGAGAAGAUGAGUUGUGUUCUAAUUAUCAUGGGGGCUAUCGCUGUUACCCAAGAAAUCCUUGUCAGGAGCCUUAUGUGCUUGCAUCUGAAAAUCGCUGUAUUUGUCCAGUGUCUAAUCCUCUUUGUCGGGACCUGCCAUAUUCCAUUGUUCACAAAUAUAUGAGCAUCCAUUCAGAGAGGACUGUGCCAUCUGAUAUCUUCCAAAUUCAGGCAACCACAAUUAUCCCCAAUACAAUUAACACCUUCCGGAUUAAAUCUGGAAAUGACAAUGGAGACUUCUUUCUUAGACAAACAAGCUCAGUGACUGCAAUGCUUGUGUUGGUCAAGCCAUUAACAGGUCCACGAGAACAUAUCAUCGACCUGGAGCUGUUGACUGUCAACAACAUGAACUAUCGGUCAAGUUCAGUACUGCGGUUAACACUUAUUGUGGGACCUUACUCUUUUUAGUCACUGAAAUUAAGUAAUUUGCAAGCACACAGAGCAACCAAAGAAGCUUUCUUUUGAAUGAAGCACUUAUGAUUUUAUUUAUAGAUUUUACAUGGUGUUUUUUAAAAGAAAAAACUUUAUUAAGGAAAUCAGUAGUUGUAAUCAUGCUAUUACACAAUAUAACCUGGAUGUUGUCACCUUCUGUUGAGAAACUGCACCUCUGUCAUACUUACAAUAACUUGUACUCAUUGCCAUCCUAAAGCAUAGCAGCUCUUUUCUGAAAAAAAUGCAUGGAGGGAAUGAGCCAAAUUACAUUCUUACUCAGCUUCUGCUUUGCUGUGAUUACUAGAAGUUGUAAUCAGAACAUGAAUAAGCUGUGUACCUAAGUGGGGGUCUAAGCAAGCAGAAUUUCCAAUUUCAUAGAAACAUCUUACUUCUGAUAUAUACAUACUCUUUCAUACAUUCAGCAAUCAUAGCUGAGUUGUGGGGUUAAACCAUAAAUAUAGUUUAUGAAAUUUUUUAAAAAGCCUUCAUACAAUUUCAAAAUAACUUGGAAACUAACCUGGUUUUCUGGUAGUUGUGAUAUUCAGGGCAUAUGUGCAAGUAUUUAACCCAGUACUACAAUAGUACCAUUUUUAUCCAGUGAAAUAGUAGGUAUCGUAAUCCAGUAUGCCAAUCCUUUGCUUGCAAUAGCUCCAUUUAUUUUAACAGAGGAAAAUCAAUCCAUAUGUGUAUUUUUCUCUUUAAGAGGAUGAAAUAAGCCAACUGUUAAGAAAAAGGGCUUCAAAGGUUCUUCACGAAGUGGCCCAGACCAAAAAGGGCCAUUUUAUUAUUCAUUGACAGUAAACUCAAUAGGACCUUGAUAGGAACUACAUCCACAUAGAGGGAAGUAAACACUGGGGUCUCCCAAGUAAGCAGUGAGGUUCCCCAAGAUUUUAGGUCCAGUACUCUUCAAUAUCUUCAUAAAUGAUCUAGACAAGGUAAUUGAAGGGGAACUCAUCAAAUUUGCAGAGAACACUAGGCUGACAGGAAUAGCGAAGACCCCCGAAGACAAGCUCAAGAUCCAAAAAGCUUUUGACAGACUUGAAUAUUGGGCCCUAUCCAACAAAAUGAAAUUCAACAUAGAUAAGAGUAAGGUUUUACACUUAUGUAAGAAAAAACCAAUUGUAUGAGUAUAGACUAGCUGAAACUUGGGCUUAAUGCCAGUAACUGCAAGAGAGAUCUUGGACUCCUGGUGGACAACCACUUAAAUAUGAGCCAAUAUGGUGUGGUGGCAGUCCAAAAAAACCCAAUGCAAUCCUAAAUUGCAGUAAUGGAUAGAAUCAAGAUCACGUGAAGUUCUAGUACUGCUUUACAAAGCCUUUGUAAGAGCACACUUGGAAUACUGCACCCAGUUCUGUCACCACAAUACAUAAAAAGAGUACAGAGAAGAGCAACAAAAGUGAUUAGGGGGCUAAAAUGUACAAAGAACAGAAAUUGGAUAUGCCUAGUCUAAUAAAAAGAAGGACUGGGGGGACAUGAUAGCAUUAUUCCAAUAUUUGAGGGGCUCCUACAAAAACGAGGAGUUCAAACUAUUUUCCAAAGCACCAAAAGGCAAGACAAGAAACAAGGGUUGGGAACUAAGCAAGGAGAGAAGCAAGAAAUAGAACUAAGGAGAAAUUUCCUAACAGCGAGAGCAAUUAACUGGUGGAAUAGCUUACCUUCAGAGGUUAUGGGUCCUCCAUCACUGAAGGCUUUCAAAAAGAAACUAGACAACCAUUUAUUUGAAAUGAUAUAGGGUCUUGAGCAGGGGGUUGGACUAGAAGAACUCCAAUGUCUCUUCCGAAUCUAUUAUAUGUAGUUACUACAUGGCUACUGAAUCAACUACCAGUGUCAGUAUUACAUACAUAUAAAUGGAUAUACACAUACAGCCAUCUGGUGCUCAAGGUUCUAGAUUCUAUACCUUUCAAUUCUCUCACGUAGCAAAACUAGGAAAGAAACCCUCCCAAUGACAGUCAAUAUACAUAUUGGCUUACACUAGUGGUUCCCAGCAUGGGGCUGACACCCCACAGAGGGGCAAUUUGAUUUUUAAUGGGGGCAAUUUGAACCUUGUUUCAAUUUGAACUUAUUUAAACCAAGUUAAUGGCCUUUUAGGCUUCCUCCCUGUGAGUAGAGUUCAUUUUUUGAGUAAAGUAAGAAUUAUAUGUCACGGGGGUGGGGGGAAUCAGGAUUUUAGAGAUGCUUAGGUGGGGCAUGGCCAAAAAAAGGUUGGGAACCACUGGGUUACACGGACAAAUUCCUGCUUCAUAUGUGAAGAAAUCACGUAUUUUUCUAAAUCAUGCUAAUAGGGGAAAGUAAAGUGCUUCUUCAAGGGAUUCUUGAAGUACUGUAUUCCUUCGGGGCCCUAUAGUGGAAUAUAUAGACUCUCUGAAUAUUAACCUGCAUAUUAAGGACAUUUGAGUAAUGUAUAUUAGAUACAUCCCUUGCUGUUGUUCUUUUAAAGUGCCUUAAGAUUAAAGAAAAGAAAGAAUUCUGUAGAGAGUUAUUUGUUCUCAUAGUGGAGUUUUUUUAAAAAAAACAUAAAGAUUAAUAGGCAUAAAAAGGAAAUAGUUUGCACUUGGUGUUUCCUGAGCAAAAGAUACUAGGCAAAUCUUUUCUACUUAAACAUACCACUCAUUGAUAUUUUAACGAGUUUUUCUUUUUCUUUUCCAAGAAAAAUAGGACAUAAGGAGAAGUAUUUGCCAAACAUUAUUAAGCGUCUCAACCAAAACAAUAAAAAAAUCAUUUGGAGAAAUCUUUUUGUAUAAGUAUUAUUGUUUGUACAGGAGCAACCGUUCAAGUCUCCAACAAAAAGAUGGGGAGAAGUAGAUACAUGUUUGUAUACUAAAAUCUUCCAAUCUAAAAAACAGCUGUUAUUAUAUUAUUUCUUGUUUUAAAUCAUGUUUGGUUCUGGUUUUUCUAUUUUUAAAUUUGAUGUCCAAGAGUUAGCUUCUCUUGAUAAAGCUUUCUACAAUAUGACAUUAAACUUAAUCAACCGAUAUAUCUGUUUUAUAACUCAGAAUUGUGAUUCUAAAUGUAUGGUGUUUAGCAAAAGAAAAGUGUAAUAGGACCUCGAGUUAAAAGCAUUCUUUUGUAUUAUGUGAAGACUUCUCUUGCUUCUUAUCUAAAAAUCAUAACAAAGAACUCUUUGAUGUACAUUUUUCUAAAAAAUAAAUAAAUAAAAGAACAUCUUUUAGUGGA